AGGGCUUCUACGGUAGGAGCCGCGUGUAACUGGGUCUAGGCUGUCGGUCUUGAGCGCUGCCGCGAUGCCGAAGGCCAAGGGGAAGAACCGGCGCCAAAAGUACAACUACAACGUCAACCGCAAGAAGCAGAACAAGGCCUUCCGCAAGCGCUCGGCGCCGCGUAUCCAAUGCUCCCAAAUCCGACAUGCCUGGGAUAGAUCAAAAACUGUAUCACAGAACUUGGCAGAAAUGGGCCUUGCCGUUGAUCCAAAUAAGGCCAUUCCUAUUCCAAAGGCAAUACGACAGGUGAUGAAAAUGGAAGUUGAUGGACCAGAAGCAAAGAUGAAAACAGUACGGAAGCCGUAUGUACUAAAUGAGUUGGAAGCUGAGGCCAGCCUCCCAGAGAAGAAGUCAGAGACUCUCUCCAGGGAUCUUAUUGACUAUGUCCAGCACAUGAUCCGGAAUCAUGGCGAAAACUACAAGGCUAUGGCUCGUGAUGAGAAGAACUAUUAUCAGGACACACCAAAGCAAAUAAAGAGGAAGAUCAAUGUGUAUAAACGUUUCUAUCCUGAGGAGUACCAGACAUUUGUUGCCACUAUACAGCAAGAAAAGAUGGAGGAACAUUGAUUUUAUUCACCACAGCAAUGGCCAAAAGAAGCUGCAUUUUUGUUACUACAGGUACUGGCUUGCCCUCAAGUGACUGUUGCUCAGGAACUGACAUUUAGCAUACAUAAAAUCCUGCUCUUCGAAGCGAGAAGACAGGCCAUUGUCUAUGCGGAUAGGACCUUUGGUCAGAGCUCUGGUGGAGAGCCCUUGCUGCAUUCAGCUUUUGUAUUAUUUCCUUUGGCUUUGGAUUGAUCCUAGUUGAAAUAAACUACUUUCCCAA